AAAAAAAAAAGAUGGCGGGGAGUGAAAUUUGCUAAUAAUGUGGCCGGACAAGUUGAAAGAAACAAAAGGGUCAAGAGAAUUGAAUUUUUCAUACAGUUCCUCCCUUUUUCAAAUCAAUCGAAAUGGCUAAGCGCACCAAGAAGGUUGGAAUCACUGGUAAAUAUGGUACUCGUUAUGGUGCCUCUUUGAGAAAGCAAGUCAAGAAGAUGGAAAUCACUCAACAUUCCAAGUACACCUGUACCUUCUGUGGUAAGGAUGCCGUCAAGCGUACUGCUGUUGGUAUCUGGAAAUGCAAGGGUUGCAGCAAGACCAUGGCUGGUGGUGCUUACACCGUUUCUACCACUGCCGCUGCUACCGUCCGUUCCACUGUCCGUCGUCUUCGCGAAAUGGCUGAAAUCUAAAAU